AUGGUUGACAGGGGUUAUAAACCAGAUGCCAUUCUCUGCACUAAAUUGAUUAAUGGUUUUUUCAAUUCUAAGAAAACCCAGAAAGCUAUUCGGGUCAUGGAGAUUUUGGAAAAGCACGGCCAGGCUGAUGUUUUUGCGUAUGAAGCACUUUUAAAUGGGUACUGUAAAGCUGAUAUAGUUGAUGCUGCCAAUAAGGUGCUUGAUAGAAUGAAAAAGAGAGGUUUUUUACCUGAUGUUGUUACUUAUAAUAUUCUCAUUGGGAGUCUUUGUGGGAGGGGUAAACUUGAUUUGGCUUUAAGGGUUAUGGAUCACUUGUUGAAAGAUAAUUGUAGGCCAAAUGUUAUAACUUAUACUAUUUUGAUUAAAGCAACUAUUAUUGAAGGUGGUAUUGAUAAGGCUAUGAAGCUUUUGGAUGAGAUGUUGUCGAGAGGGCUUCGACCUGAUGUGUCUACUUAUAAUGUUGUUGUUAAAGGUAUGUGUAAAGAAGGGUUGUUGGAUAGAGCUUUUGAGUAUCUUAGUAGUAUAAGUUGUAAGGGUUGUGUUGCUGAUGUGAGUCCUUAUAAUAUUCUGUUGAAGAAUCUUUUGAAAGGAGGGAAAUGGGAAGCUAGAGAGAGUUUGAUGUCUGAUAUGUUGGAUAAAGGUUGUGAGCCGAGUUGUGUGACAUACAGCAUAUUGAUUUGUUCACUUUGUCGUGAUGGUAAAAUUGUCGAGGCUGAGAAUGUGUUGAAGGGUAUGAAGAAGAGAGGGUUGGCUCCUAAUGCUUAUUGUUACAAUCCAUUGAUUUCUGCUAUUUGUAAAGAAGGAAAAGUAAAUUUGGCUAUAGAGUAUUUAAAUAACAUGAUAUCAGAUGGUGGUUUGCCUAGUAUUGUUUCCUAUAACUCGAUCUUGGCUUCUCUAUGUAAGAAUGGACAUGCUGAUGAGGCUUUGAACAUCUUUGAGAAGCUCGGUGAAGUGGGUUGUCCUCCAGAUGCAAUUUCUUAUAAUACAUUGUUUGGUGCAUUGUGGAGCAGCGGUGAUGAAAUUAGAGCGUUGGGGAUGAUUUUGGAUAUGUUAAGCAAAGGCAUUGAUCCUGACAAGGUCACCUAUAGUUCACUUAUUUCUUACUUGUGCAGAGAUGGAUUCAUGGAUCAGGCAAUUGAGUUUUGGUUGACAUGA